AUGUUGGGUGCUAAUUCUCCUCUCCCUCCCACAUUUUGUAUGGCAGGGGCUGUGGGUUCUGAUGUAGUAGUGACUGCAGUGGUGGGUGACCCUGUCACACUGCCAUGUAUUUACUCAACAGAUCUUGGAAUCAGUAACUCUUGCUGGGGCCUUGGCGAGUGUAAAUUUUUUUAUUGUGCAAGAACACUUAUCUGGACCAAUGGAUAUCGAGUCACCUAUCAGAGGAGCAGCAGAUACCAGCUAAAGGGGCCUAUUUCAGAAGGAAAUGUGUCCUUGACCAUAGAGAAUGCUGCUCAGAGUGACAGUGGUCCAUAUUGCUGUGUAGUAGAAAUCCCUGAAUCUUUCAGAUAUGCGACAUAUUCGCUGGAAGUUAAGCCAGAAAUUCCAACAAGUCCUCCAACAAGUCCCACAACUAUACCAAGACCCACAACAACAGGAAAACCCACGACUAUGUCAACAAGACCCACACUUGUAACAACAUCACCUAGAGUCUUUACCUCUAUGCCUACAACACCAGCACAAACAGAGACUCACACACCAGAUUGGAAUACCACUGUGACAUCCUCCAACAACUCUUGGAAUAAUUACACUGAAUCCAUCCCUACACUGAAUCCAGAGGAGAAAAUGAAUAAGGGUUUCACUCUUGGCACCACCUUUGCUGCCCUGCUGCUGCUGCUGUUUGUGUCUGCCCUGGCUUUCACGG